AUCGUAAGCGACCCGGUGCGACUUGGCAAAUUUGUAGCAGAAGAAAUAUGUUUUCGUGGUAAUUGUCACCAUAUUUUUGGCAUUUAUGGUGACAUCCAUCGCUCAGAGAUUUAGGCAAAGAAAAGGAAAUGCUUCUGUGUUAGUGCAAGACCUGGUGGCAUUUAUUCGUUUGUAAUAUUUAUUAAUCGAUUUACAUUGAUUUUCUGUGACAUUCUGUGAGAAAAACUGUCAAAACGAGUGGUCAGUGACUGAGUGACCGUUGAGGAAUUUCCGACUAUCUGAGUACAGCUGAAUAUAGUUUAUCAAUAACUUGUCCUUUGGAUAAUUCUAGUGGACGUGUUAUUGUUGUGCUAUCAGGAUACUCAUAUACAGGACACACGUUUAACUUUUAAUAAGUCUGCAGUGUGAUAAACAACAGCCCACAACCGAUAACAAUAUGGGCGUAAUACCAGUCUACUGGUCGGUUAAAUCAAACGAUAUGGAGACAGCUGUACUCACAAAGCGGUAGAAUGCAGACCUCGAGUUUGUUUGGUCUUUGUUUGUAAGUACGUGGAUAAGAUUAACAAGACAAGAUGAGGACCAUGGAAGAGGUGCUGACCCAUCUGGCUAGGGAUGCAUCAGCCCCUAAGAUGGGUGCACUACGACAGUCCUGUGAAGCUGCUUUAGCCCUGCUGGAGGAUGGAGGGAUCACAGCAUGUACCCCUGCCUCCGACCUGCGAGAGAAGUGUCUCGAGCCGCUGCAGACUGCCCUGGAAUCCCGGGCCAAGAGGCUGGCCGGCCAUGCAGUGGCAGGGCUACAGCAAAUUUUGGUUGACGAGCGCUUCCAGUCGAGCUUCGAGUCUGAAAACAAUGAGGAGAAGUUGCUGCCAGUUCAGAUCCUCAAUGCAGUGUACAGUACACCCAACCUCCCCGAAGACAUCCAGGUGGAGAUCAUCAAGCUGCUGUUGAAUAUGACCUUCUCCGCCACCUGGUGUAUGAAUGCCAAAAUAAUCACCAAAGUCUGCCAGGUGUAUGUUGAUACCUACGUGCAGAGCUCCCAGGGGGUGAAGGGGGCCAUCCAGGCCAACAUGACACAGGUGCUCUCCAGGUUCGCGGAGAAACUCGCCGAUGCCGAGGAAACAGUGGAGGAAGAUGGAGAUGAUGUGUUGGCUGACUUCAGACCCUCUGGAGGAAAGCUGAGCACAACAGAGAGUCUGAUGGACGACGUGGUCUCCAUCCUCAAAUACCUCUGUGACAAACUUAUAGGACUGCAGAGUGGCAGCCAGACAAAGCAGUCCCUCCCCCUCAUCCUAGAGGGCAUCCACGCCAUUCUCAGUCAGGCCCCCCAGACACUCCGCAACAACGACAGCUUCCAGGAACUGGUGUGGAAGCACCUGUGCCCGACCCUCAUCUCGCUGCUAGGCACCCCUAAGACAGAGAAGAGCUCCCUCCUCCAAAAGGCAGACGAGAUGGGGCGGGGCUCCGGCUGCUCUUCCUCGGCCCCCAACAUCCUCAGCUCAGCAGCUAAAGUCAUAUACAGUAUUGCUGCAGAGCUUGUUCGACUGGUGGGCAACAUCGGGUCGCUGCGACCCGUGCUGGAGUCCCUCUUCCACCGGAUGCUGCUGUACCCCCCUCCGCAGCACAGACAUGAUGCUCUCAAGGUCAUGAAAGAGUUGCUAGGAGACACGGAGAGAGUGAUAGAUCUGGCAGCUCCGCCGACUGAAGAUGACAACCAAACCAAGGCAUCAGGCAAAACCACCCACUCUGAUGUAGCACUGCUCAAACUGAUAGUUGACAGUGUGCAGGAGUGUAUCCACUGCAAUGACUCGGGUGUGUGUUUCACCAGUGUCAUGUGUGUAGACCAGCUGCUUGGAUCCCUGGAGAGACUGAGCCGAGGAGAGGAACUGUCUCAGUCUGUGGCUGAAGACAUCAACAAACUCUACCCCAACAUUGGCAAAGAAGUGUUCGAUAAGAAGGACCCAAGCAGCUGUGAUGGAGGAGCAGCAGAAACACCAGAUGUGCCAGACAAAGAGCCUGACACCACAGACAGUUCCAGUACCAAGGAGAAACCUACUAAGGAUGGGCAGGAGUCUGAUGGCACCAACAGAACCACCUCGGAGAACUCGGAAGGGGUGAAGGAGUCCGAGAGUGAGAGUGACCGAGAGAUGGAGAUCCAGGCCACCAUACAGUCCCAGGUGGAGAUGCAGCUGAGGGAGGAGAUGACGAGACGACAGAAGCUGCUGCGAGAAAGGUUCGAGAGCGUGGAGCGGCAGAAUGCUCAGGAGUUUAUUCAGAAGCUGCAGGGUAUGCUGCCACAACUGUUGACUCUCGGCAGUGUGUACGAUGUGGAUGAGGCGCUGCAGAAGUUUGCCUCUGACUUCUGUGCAGGUUUGAUUUCAUCUAAAGAAGGAGCUGAUGACGACCCUGAAGUGAUAUCGGCAGUGAUCCUGAACGCUGACGGUGUCUACAUUGCCGCCAUGAUGACGAUGAUCCUCAGUCUCAGACUGUCCAUCAGCGGCUACUACACAUCACGGGAUCCUGCAAGUCACGUCCUCUCCGAGAAAGAGUUCAUGGAUGAUGUCCUCAGCUGUGGAGUCAUGGUGUUUCUCUCGCCAUCUUGGCUGAGUGAAGUGUACAACCAGGUGACCUACAGGAACAUCCUGGACACAGGGUCACACUCAGGCUGGCAGGACACACAGCUAGUGUGUAUGUUGAGAGACAUUGAUGGCCUGGGCAGCCAUGAGAUGGGUGGCCAGAUGAUGAGCAGCUGUCGAGGCGGGCACAACAUGCUGAGUGUGGAACACGAGCAGGUCAACACGACCCAGGUGGAGGCAGGCAUGAAGCUGUCACGACGUAUCCUGUCCGUGUGCUGGGAGGGGGUACUGGACGUGCUGUCGGUGUUGCUGAACGGCAAGAGUUCCUGUGGGGUGUCCAGCAGCCUGGCCCUGAUGCUGGGUACGGAGGGGGCCAAGGAGGAGAGCAUGAGGGCCCGGGACGCCAUCUGUCUCAGCCUCAGCGGACUCCAGAGAGCCUCGAAACUCUGCUGCAUACUGGGCCUACAAGAGAGGUGUGGUAGUGCCUUCACUCAGCUGGCAAACACGUCAUGUGUGAAGGAGGACUUGAGAGCAGGACCCAAGCCCAGUGACGGGAAGGUGCCUGUGAAGACCUCUGUGUUGCCGGGGCGACCCAAGCUGGUCCGUCUACAUGCAGCUCAUGUCCUCAGUAUGGAUGUUGUCAUGACAACGGGGCUGGAGAUGGGCAGCCAUGCUGCUGAUUGCUGGAAGCACGUGUUCAGGUGCUGUGCCCACAUCUCGGAGCUGGAGCACACCUACUUCAGUGGCGGCAACAACCAGUCCAGCCUACCCAAGGUGCACCAGGAGCAGAACCCCGAACUCAAUGCAAACACAGAGAUCGAAUGUGACCUGUAUGCCAGCCCAGUGGCUUCGGUUAUACCUGUGGCCCCUCGUAUCAAUGUGGCAGAGCUCAUCCGACAGAGUAGUGUAGAGUCAGGUUGGGACAGUGCAUUGUCUGGAGGAGGGGUGUUGACACCUGCUCAGGCAUCCAAAGCUUUGUGUGGCUUGUCACAAGAAGUGGAUAGGAUAUUCGAGGAUGCAGCAGAGAAGCUGAACCUCCAAGCUCUUCUGAGUUUCCUGGCAGAGCUUGGGGAAGCAAGUCGGCUUCAGCUGAGGAAACAUGCAGGUCCCGACAUGGAUGGAGGGUUCCCCCGCCUCCCCACCAAUGCCCUUCACCUUUACAGGCUGCAGGAGGUCCUCAUGAAGGUCGUCCACAGUUCACGACCUCUCCAGCAUCUUGUCCGAGUGUGGAGCGUCAUAUCACCCUACUUGGUCGAUGCAACUGGCAGUCGGGACAGGAGCAUUUCGAAGAUGGCUGUCACCUGCAUCCAUGACUUCAUUGUGGCAAUAUUGAGUAACCGUGAGGAGCGGCCACACUUCCACAUCAACGAGUUCCUGUGUAAGACGUUCGAGGACAUGCUUUGUAUGGACCUGUGUGAUGGGGAUGUACAAGACCAGAUCGUGUGUUCUAUCUGUGAGCUGGUGGAGGCCUGCACAGCACAGAUCCAGUCAGGGUGGCGGCCCCUGUUUGGAGCUCUCCGGUCAGUGAAGAUAGAAUACACAGCUAACGAGGAAGUGAACGAGGCUAGACAGAGACAUGUGGCGGCCGUGCUGGAUGUGUUCGAGGUGUAUCUCAACACGGACAACGUGCUGGUGUUUGCCAAUGCUACAGUCGACUGUAUUCUCUGUCUGCUCAAGUAUGUCAAUGGCCCAGGCAUGUUUGAGGAGAUGAGUGACGAUGAGUCUGACUCUGGCAGUGACAUGGGCCUGGGUGGUCCUACAGGGGAGAACCUGUGUAUCCCCGCCCUUCAGUAUCUGCGCAGGUGUUGCCAGAUCCUGGCCUCUAUGUGGAAGAUGCCUGCGUGUCCCAACUUCAAAGGUGCUCAGAGGAUACAGUUGGGCUCCACUGUCCGCCUCGUCGACCCCGUCAUCCCCAACAUGAAUUUUGAGUCCUUCUCCAAGAGCUUCACAGAGUGUGAUGAAGCAAAAACAGGCCCUGUCUUCCAGAAAGAAAAUUCACUCGAUGAUGAUAAGCCAAAAGGACUUCACAUAUCCGAACUUUCGGACCCGGUAUUUGACUCACAAAGCGUAACAUCAGCCGAUUCAGGGAUGCUGGAUGCUUUGUCUCCAGAAACACACCAGUCUCAGUCAGACCCUAACCUGGUUGACUCGGGCAUUAAGUUGACGUCUCCUGACACAAAAUGGCAGCCAGUGCCUCUGGAAGAGCUGGACAAUCCAUCUCGGAUCCUGCAUGUCUGGUUUCUCUUGCUGGACGGUCUGGCCACUUCCAUAUCCAGCUGCCCCAAGACCUUCCAGCCCCAGACGAUGGAGAUGCUGUUCGAGCUGCUCCGAUCAGCUGCUGAUGUUCCAGGUCCUCGCUUUGCCGUGUACAACAUCAACCACCUGCUUCUGCCCAUGCUGCAGUCGUGGCUCCGGAGGGGCUCCCGUAUCCAUGGUUACUGGGAAGUUGGCGCUGUCAACUUCAAACAGUGUUGUGGAAAUAUGUCGGACCUAGUAGUUGAAUAUUUGUCCAAAUUCACAGGUCGGAAGGAGGAGCAGCCACACCUGGAGUUCAUGCUGAAGCAGACCCUGGAUGUACUGACGGAGUGUGCUGCCCAGCCUGUGGAGAACAUCUCCCGCCUUGGGUGCUCCUGUCUCCGGCAUGUGAUGCUGAGUGGCGGCCCACUGCUGACGGAGGAGAUGUGGCAGAUGAGUGCAGCAGCCCUCCAGAGGGCGCUGGACGUGACCACGUUCAACAUCCGACAACUCAUGGUGCUCUUCCAUGCCAACUCGGAGAACUUCUACGGCGACAUCGGCCAAGUGAAGGUGGCGACCAGGAAGGACUGUACCAAGAUGGAGUGCUUCCGGCUCAAACAGCUAGCUCAGCAGGUGUUUCUGUUGGAGAGCCAGAUGUCCCACAUGCCGCAGAUACAGUUUGACAUGGAGGAGGACCAAUCAUAUGUCUUCCUGCUGUACCCACCGAACCACAAGGACAGCCUCAACCCCGACCACAUCUCCACCAGAGUGCCAUUCCGGAAUUUGGUGGUGGGUCUCCUGUCCCACCAGCUGUUGCUGCAGACUGUUGGCUACCUGCUGCUAGAGGGCACCGAGGGUCAGUCUGCAAACAACCGCAGCGGCAGCAGCUUGACAGGCCUAAUCUCCUGCAUGUCGACCCGGAACGUCCUCCAGUUCUUGGAUAUGCUGCACAACUCCUACAAGCUGGCCUGUGACUUCGACACUCGGCCUGGCCUCAAGUUCCUCAUCCAGAAGGUGGCGGGGCUGGAGGUGGCAGCCAACCUGUACAAGCAGGCCGGGUCCAGCAUCAUCUUCUACAUCCACUCGCUGCUGGAGAUCUGUGCCCAUCUCAACAGCCUUACCCUUGAGAGGACACGCUCCUUUCUGGACGAGGUGCUCAAACAGGGUAGUCUGGACAACGGGGAGAUUGAUAUGAAGAUCAAAAGCAGGAGCUCUGUGGAACCGAUCGAUGCCAACCCAGCGGCUUUCAUCCAGUUGCUGCAGAGCACUUGUGACGAGCUGUGUCAGACCUAUGUGGAUAUUCUGCUGGACAAGGACGGGAUGUCCUGCUUUGACCGUAUGGCUGACCAGUCUUUGUUCUUCCUCAUUGCUCAACCCGAUGACACCAGUGAGAUGAUGGAUAGGAAGACGGCUGAGGAGGAACCAAGGACCGAUGUGACUUCCGAUGGAUUUGUCACCAUGACUACUGUUGCUGUGGAGACACAGGAAGAAUCACAGGCAGAGACUUGCCCCGAGGAUGCCACCACACCUGCCCCCGUGGAGGAGCGGGCCGACACCCCGUCUCCAGUGCACACUCGCAGCAAGCGGGAACUGAGAGAGGAGCACGAGAGCAAGGUGUACACGGUGGCCACAGACAAGUUCAUACAGUCCCUCAUGUCCCAGUACAAGCGCCGCAAACAGCAGCACUCUAUGCCCUCCUUCGUCAAGUUCACCAAGAGGAAGAAGGACCUGUCCAAGGCAGGGAAGAAGGACGGAGUGGAUGAUGAGAUCGACAAGCAACAGAAGAACUCUAUAUUAAAGGACAGUGAGGCACAUGUGAUGUCCUGGUCGGAGAUGCUGUGCACCAUCCUCCGUCUCUUCCUGCAGCUUCCACAGCCCCAGUUCCGUGCCCUGCUGCCUGCAGUCUUCAACUGUGUCAACCAACUCAUCUGCCAUGCCGAGGACCCCAAGCUGAAGGAAACCUUGGCAGAUUGGUUCUACAGACUUGGGAGCAUGUAUGGCUUUUCACUGGAGAAAGCUGUCGACGUGAAACUAAAAGAUGAGGCGCCAGCGCAGAGUGAAGUCAGCACGUGCUAGCAGGGAAAUUGUCUUUAACAUUUGGUUGUAUUCAACAAUUGUGAUAUCAUUUGUAAUCGUGAUACGAUGAACAUGACAAACAGAACCUUCUGGUAACUGGUAUUUGGCUAAAAAUGAUGUAAUUGCUUUUGGUGUGCAGGCUUUCUAUUACAGUAAUCGACAUAGUAAGCGUCCAGGGCGCUCUCAAAAUUAGAAAUAGGGGGCUCUUAUUAGAAUAUUAUUUUGGUGAAAAACAACAGAGUUAAAAGAUCGUAAAUUUCGGGGUUUAUGCUGACAGCCUGCAAUGUUUAUA